AUGGGUAGCGUCGAAAAUACUCCCGAAGUGAUUCCAACAGUGGACAUAAGCCCAUUCGUCGCAAACGCCGAGCAGGAGUCUCUGCGCAAAGUGGUGGAGGAGGUCAGACACGCGUGCACGACAUACGGCUUCUUCUAUCUCGUCGGCCACGGCUUGUCCCUCGAAGACCAGAACAAGGCGCUCGAAUGUGCCAAAUUAUUCUUUACUCUCCCGAUGGAGGAGAAGAUGGAGGUGUCGCUCAAGAAUUCCAUGGGAAAGUCGCACCGCGGAUACGAACCGCCAGGCAUCCAAACCCACAAGGAGGGCUUGCUGCCCGACACCAAGGAGGCUUUCAUCAUUGGCGCCGAAGUUGCUGCAGACGACCCCGAGGCCGGCACGUUCUCGACGGGGCCGAACCUGUGGCCCAAGUCCCUCCCAAAGGAGGAUUUUCAGAUGCCCAUCAUGGAGUACCAGAGCAAGAUGGUCGAACUGGUCAAGGUUCUUCUCAAGAUCCUUGCCCUUGGCCUACCCGAGGAAUGGAGCUGCCCCCCUGACGUUUUCGACGAGCUUGCCGUCAACCCGUCGAUCCCCAUGCGACUGCUUCACUACGCUCCCCAGAUGGUGAUGGAUGCGAGGCAAUUCGGAGUCGGCGACCAUACCGACUUUGGCUGCAUCGCCCUCCUCCUCCAGGAGCCCGCGCGUGAGGGCCUCCAGGUCUGGUACCCGCCGACGGAAAGCUGGAUCCCGGUUCCGGUCAAGGAAGGGUCAUAUGUCGUCAACAUCGGCGACAUGAUACAAAAGUACUCGGCCGGGUAUUACCGCAGCGCACGACACCGGGUCGUGAACAGCGCCGAGGAGCGCCGGUACAGCGUGCCCUUUUUUCUCAACGGCCAGCUGAAGCUGAAAGUCAAGGCGCUCGACGGAUCGGGCGUCGAGACUGUCGUCGGGGAGCAUAUCCGCCAAAGGUUGAUCGAAACCAUGGGUGAGAGCGGCAAGGCGCUGAAGUAG